AUGGCUACCUCCUUUCCUUAUCUACUAGACAGCAUUCUUGCAUUGUCUGCUCUGCACUUGGCCACUGUGGAGCCAGAUAAUCGCCUCACAUGGCUGGACGCCGCGGUGCGCUAUCAGAGUCAGGCAUGCUCUGGAAUGGGUAAAAUUUUGCCAGAUGUCACUCGCCAGCAUUACGAACCGGCAUUCGUGUCCUCGGUGCUGAUCUUCUUAUUUGCGACCGGACUUCCUGGAAUCUCACCGGAAACCAACCAGAGUAACGACCCUCUUUCUGAAGUACUGGAGGGACGACGUCUUAUUACAGGCUCCGCUAUGCUCUUCGAGCGUUUCAGUGAAAUGGGCGUCGAUGCAGAACUGAAUGGUUGGCUUUGUGCUCCGGACACAGAAGAGAACCUCGAAAAGAACGAGCAGAACAGUGAUGGCUCCUCGGAUGACGACGCGAAAAUUUUAUUUGAUUUGCACAAAAGCAUUAUCAAGUCACUCGAGAAACUGCGAGUCACGAUCGAGACGAACGAGUCUCCCCAAAAAGAGAUUUAUCAGACGAUAUGGCAGCUUCUACACAACUCUAUAGAACCGUGGCCCAAGAUCGGCCCACAGGGAGGGGUGAUCGCAUGGCCCCUUUUUAUUUCCGAAGAGUACAUCUCGCUACUGGAAGGCGGCGACUGGGUCGCCCGUAUACUUUUUCUGCAUCAUGCUGUUGCCCUGCGGCUGAUGUGCAAACGAUGGUAUGUGCGUGACAAAGGUCGCAGGCUAGUUUUGGCGACAUUAGAGCAACUGGAUGAGAUUCCCCCUGAGUGGAAGGAGACUAUCUCUUGGGUUCAAAAGGGCAUUGGCACUGAUCCAGUGCUCAUUUUGUAG